UGUCGUAUAUUUCCUAUAAAUGCUUCGCAAAAACCCCAUUUGUCUUCUCUCUUCCGCCGUUAUGAACCUCUUUCUGAAUUCGUAGCAUCUGCGCAGUGGCUCCAGAAGUGAGCAGGCUUUGGGAUCCUAGAUCUUGGAACCCUUCGUUCUGCAGGCACUACCUUGCGUGCCCUCACACCCAUCACGUCAGAUGGGCAAAUGGAAUCGGAGAUAUUUCCCCAGAAGGAACUACAACUACCAAUACCAAGAUUUCCCUCCGGUUGACUUCGACGCUAAGUUUGAUUCCGCUAUUCAGGAGAAUAGUGUGCCCUCAUGGGAGAUAGAGUUCUGCAAGUCCGUGGGGAUUCCUUGGAACAAGGUUAUCUAUACAAAGGAGUACAUUUCCUGCCAUGAUAGUGUGGUUAAGUGGGACGAUUCUGCAAGUCAAGAAGCCUUUCAUGAUGCCAAAACUAGAUAUUGGGCUAAGACUAAUGGCGUUCCCUUUGAUAAUCCUUUGCCUGAUCCCUGUAAGUACGUUGAUGAUGUUGAUUGGAAUGCAACGGUUGACCCCGAAAUGAUAUUGGAUUUAGAUCGAGAUUUCUUCAAUCCUGACGAAUCAAAUGUCAACAACUCAGAGGAUGUUUCCGGAUGCUCACUAUCACACGAUAAUAAAAAUCUUAAUAACGGUGAGAAUGCUUGGGAGGUUGGCUAUGGACAGGGGAAUGGAACUCCGGAAGCAGGACAGGGUUCGGGCGAGUGGAGUGAAUCGAAAGUUUCAAAAAACGUGGGCGAUCCGUGGGAGGAGAGUUGCACAAGAACCGGAGGGCCUUUCAAGGGCACUGGAUGGAGAGGCGGUGGAAAUGGCUCUUCAUGGGGUUGGAACCCUGGGCACAAUGCCCCAAGCGGCCUCGAUAAUACUUGGAACAAUUCUUGGAAUCAUGAUAGCGGGAAUGCUGGGUGCACGAGGCAAAACAGAAAUGGUUCCUGGAGUCAAAAUGCAUGGAACGAUAGGGACCACCCUGGGCACGGGGCGCCAAGUGGCCUCAACAAUUCUUGGAAUCAUGACAGUGGGAACGUUGGGUGCACAAGGCAAAACGAAUGGGGCAAUAACAAAAACGGCUCCUGGAGUCGAAAUGCAUGGAAUGAUAAGGAUCACAACGGUUUCCAGACUCGAAAUUCUUGGAUCGACAGGGAUCACAAGCCAUGGAAUUCAGGUAACCAUUGUGAUCCUAGGGGAAACAAUUGGAAGAAGUCGGGGUUUCAGAGUAAUCAGCCCACGUAUUUUGACCUAGAAAGAUCUAAUCCCGGGAGGGAGUCUUUCUAUGGUGGUUCCAGGAAGAGGGAAGGCUCUUCAUACCAUACUUCAACAUUCAAAAGUUCGAGGUUUCAAGGAGGUGAACAGGGAGCAACUUACACCUGGAGGGAAGUUAAAAACUCAAAAGACUAUAAAUGAUACAAAACACUUCAUGUAUAAAAAGAAGAAAUCUUGCCUGGGAGAAUGACACACCCACCCUUUAUCUGUCUUAUUGCCAAUAUACUUAAAUGGGCUUUGAGCCAUUUGUUUUGACUGUUAGGAGUAAAGUUUAUAUCAUCAGUAACUUGCAUUCUUUUUGUCAAUGGAAGUUUUUUGAGGUCACCUGUUAUAAUAUCAGGGACUAGUGUAUAAAUGUAUUCUUAGUUAGUGUCCUGUAUUCAGUUGCUUAUUUUGGAAACAAGCCAACUGGUCAGUUGCUUCCUGUCCUAACUACCUGUCAUCAGACAUCAGCUUUAUUCUUCUGUUACACUUUAAAUUACAGUGUUUGUUUCUUUAA